UAGUCACUGGGUCUCUGAAAGAAGUGCAGCAAGUUCCAGGACACUGAAAGGCGUAAGACUAAAAGGCCCAAUUGCCAGGGAGAGAGAAGAUUGAGAAAAACUAGCACAGUAAGACUUAGAAGAAAAGGGAAGAGGGGAAGCACUUCUAACUUCCUAAUUGGAGCUGCUGUCUUCUCAACUCUAAAGGAUCUCUGCUUCUGACAAGGUUACACCCUGGACAUGGCCUCAGAGACCCACAUGCCAGGCCCAGUGUGCCUCAUUGAGAACAACGAAGGGCAACUGGUAGUUAAUCAGGAAGCUCUGAAGAUCCUCUCUGCCAUUACCCAGCCUCUUGUCGUGGUGGCCAUUGUGGGUCUCUACCGCACAGGCAAAUCCUACCUGAUGAACAAGCUGGCUGGGGUGAACAAGGGCUUCUCUCUGGGUUCCACGGUGCAGUCUCACACCAAGGGAAUCUGGAUGUGGUGUGUGCCUCAUCCUGAGAAGGCAGACCACACCCUCGUUCUGCUUGACACCGAAGGCCUGGGGGAUGUAGAGAAGGGAGACAACCAGAAUGACUCCUAGAUCUUCGCCUUGGCAGUCCUCCUGAGUAGCACCUUCGUCUACAACAGCAUGGGAACCAUCAACCAAAUGGCCAUGGACCAACUGCACUAUGUAACAGAGCUGACUGAUCGAAUCAGGGCACACUCCUCACCUGGUGAUUGUGAGGUUGAAGACUCAGCUGACUUUGUGAGCUUCUUUCCAACCUUUGUGUGGACUCUGAGAGAUUUCUCCCUGGAGCUAGAAGUAAAUGGUCAACGUAUCACUGCUGAUGAGUAUUUGGAGUUGUCACUGAAACUAAAGCAAGAAACCAAUGCAAAAACUAAAAGCUUUAAUGAACCUCGGUUGUGCAUCCGAAAGUUCUUCCCGAAGAAGAAGUGCUUCAUCUUUGACCGUCCCACUCAAAGGAAGUACCUUGUCCAUCUGGAGCAGCUGAAGGAGGAAGAUAUGAAUUCUGAGUUCAGAGAACAAGUAGCAGAAUUCUGCUCCUACAUUUUCAAACAUGCUGAGGCCAAGACUCUCUUAGGCGGCAUCGUAGUCAAUGGGCCUUGACUGGAGAGCCUGGUACUGACCUAUGUCAAUGCCAUCAGCAGUGGGGAUCUGCCCUGCAUGGAGAACGCAGUCCUGGCCUUGGCCCAGAUAGAGAACUCCGCCGCAGUGAAAAAGGCCAUCGCCCACUACGACCAGCAGAUGGGCCAGAAGCUGCAGCUGCCCACGGAAACCCUCCAGGAGCUGCUGGACGUGCACAGGGACAGUGAGAAAGAGGCCAUCGAAGUCUUCAUGAAGAGUUCCUUCAAGGACGUGGACCAAAAGUUCCAGAAGGAGUUAGGGGAAUGUUUAGUAGCAAAACGAGAGGACUUUUAUAAGCAGAAUGUGAAAGCAUCAUCAGAGUAUUGCGUGGCCUUACUUCAGGACAUUUUCAGUCCUCUAGAAAAAGAUGUGAAGGAGGGGACAUUUUCUAAACCAGGAGGUUAUCGUCUCUUUAUUCAGAAGAUAGAGGAGCUGAAGAAUAAGUACUUCCAGGUGCCCAGAAAGGGGAUACAGGCAGAAGAGAUGCUGAGGGAAUACUUGGAGUCCAAGGAGACUGUGGCGGAUGCCAUUCUACAGACUGAUGAGUCACUCACAGAAAAGGACAAGGAGAUUGAAGUGGAACGUAUAAAGGCUGAAUCUGCAGAAGCAGCACAAAAAAUGUUGGAGGAAAUGCAAAGGAAGACUCUGCAGAUGAUGGAAGAGAAAGAAAAGAGUUAUCAGGAACAUUUGAAACAACUGAAUGACAAGAUGGAGAUGGAGAGGGCCCAGUUAAUGGCAGAGAAAGAGAAGGUUCUAAACCUUAAACUUCAGGAAAAUGAAAAACUUUUUAAGGAGGGAUUCAAGAAAGUGAGCAUGAAACUUCAAAAUGAGAUACAGGCUCUCCAGAUGAGAAACAUGCAACAAUUCCCUGCCUGUAACAUACUCUAAAAAUCCAAGGAGCAUCAUUUCCUCACCAGCUCCCCUCCCCUCCACUAGGAAGAACUUGAAUGAGCGAUUUCAGAAUGUCAAACAAUUGUCUCUAAAUUAAAGUUAAAAUGAU